CCCAGCGGCGCCUGUCUGCCUCGCGGUACAGAGACUCUAUAGUUCCAUUGGUGGGCGGGCUGAGAGGGGCAUACAUGAAUAUUCAGAAGAAUUAAUGAAUAUUCAUCAUGUAUUGCCCGGGGCGGGGCAGGACGCUGGCGAGGUGACGGUCUCGCUCGGACUCUGGCCCGGGCGGCGGGGCCCGGCUCGGGUUGCCCCGGACUCAUGGCUGUCGGGAGCGUGGCGGUGGGGCGCGCUGGCGGCCGCAGGCCCCAGCCCCAGCUGGACCUACAGUUUCUGCGACGCUUCGGGAAGAUCCAGGCCAUCUUGUUUCCCAGAUGGUCCUCCCAGAAUGUGCUCAUGUUCCUGACCCUGCUGAGCAUCGCCCUGUUGGAGCAGUUGGUCAUUUACCAGGUGGGAUUGAUCCCCAGCCAGUACUACGGGGUCCUGGGGAGCAAGGACUUCUCUGGGUUCAAAACCCUGACUACGAUUGCUGUGAUACUCAUCAUACUCAAUUCCACGCUGAAAAGCUUGGACCAGUUUAUCUGUAACCUGAUGUAUGUAAGCUGGAGGAAGACUCUCACCGAAUACCUUCAUGGCUACUAUUUCCAGGGCCAGGUGUAUUACACUCUGAACGUGCUGCGCGAGGACAUCGAUAAUCCAGACCAGCGAAUCAGUCAGGAUGUGGAGAGGUUCUGCAGACAGCUAAGUUCCAUGGCCAGUAAACUCAUCAUCUCUCCUUUUACACUGGGCUACUACACCUAUCAGUGCUUUCAAAGCACCGGCUGGCUGGGCCCAGUAAGUAUCUUUGGGUAUUUUGUCAUUGGGACAGUUGUUAACAAGGUGCUGAUGAGUCCCAUUGUGUCAAAACUGGUGCAUCAGGAGAAGCUGGAGGGGGAUUUCAGGUUCAAGCACAUGCAGAUUCGUGUAAAUGCAGAGCCAGCUGCUUUCUACAGAGCUGGGCAGGUAGAGCACAUGAGAACUGACCGCCGGUUGCAGAGCCUCCUGCAGACACAGAGGGAGCUGAUGGGCAAAGAACUGUGGCUCUACAUUGGGAUCAACACCUUUGACUAUCUGGGCAGCAUUCUGAGUUACGUGGUGAUUGCCAUUCCCAUCUUUAGUGGUGUCUAUGGUGACCUGGAUCCAGCACAGCUGAGCGCUCUGGUCAGCAAGAAUGCCUUUGUCUCCAUUUACCUCAUCAGUUGCUUCAGCCAGCUCAUCGAUCUCUCCGCCACCUUGUCUGACGUGGCUGGCUACACACACAGAAUUGGGGAGCUGCAGGAGACACUGCUGUCUCUCUCCAGGAAACACCGUGAUUGUGAAUCGGAAGCCAAAACCAACUGGGACUUUGACAAGUUUCUGGGCUCCAGUGGUCCUGGAGAGCAGACUGUUCUGGGGGAUACAGCCUUCCUCCUGGAGCGAGUCUCUCUCUCGGUUCCAUCCUCGGACAAGCUGCUCAUCAAGGACCUGGACCUACGGAUUUCCCAAGGGAACAAUCUGCUGAUCGUGGGGAACACUGGCACGGGGAAGACAUCACUCCUGAGGGUCCUUGGUGGCCUCUGGGAGAGCACACGGGGGAACAUCCACAUGCUGACCUGCUUUGGCCCCCAUGGGGUGGUGUUCCUGCCACAGAGACCUUUCUUCACAGAUGGAACCCUGCGAGAGCAGGUGAUUUAUCCUCUGAAGAAGAUUUAUCCAGUUUCAGGGUCUGCAGAUGAUGAGAGGAUCCUGCAAUUCCUGGAGCUAGCUGGGCUGUCUGAUUUGUUGGCGCGCACAGGGGGUCUGGACCAGCAGGUGGAUUGGAACUGGUAUGACAUCCUGUCCCCAGGGGAGAUGCAGAGACUCUCAUUUGCAAGGCUCUUCUACCUCCAACCCAGAUAUGCAGUGUUGGAUGAAGCCACCAGUGCUCUGACAGAGGAGGUGGAGAAUGAGCUAUACCGCACUUGCGCUCAGCUGGGGAUGACGCUAGUCAGUGUGGGACAUCGCACCAGCCUGGAAAAGUUUCACACUUGGAUUUUGAAACUCUCCGGAAGAGGAAGAUGGGAACUAACAAGAACCGAGAGAGCGAGGCGGCUCCCAGCCAGUGAGGGAUGCUGAAAAAAGUACCGAGGCUUGAGACUGGUUUAUUACCCAGGAGCUGCAG